UCAUCUCAUCAUCUUCUCUCUCUCUCCCUCUGCAACUUCUCCAUCGCCUUUGGCUUUUUUUUUUUCCCAAAGAAGCUCCAGUUACGUCCCUCUCAUCAGCCUCGCCCAUCCUUUGUCCCUUCUCGCUUUUCCCUUAAUAUCAACCCCCAUACUCUCUCUCGCUCGCUCGCUCCCUCGCUCGCUGCUCGAGAAAGUAUCUCCUUCUCUCUCUCUUUGCGAUUUUUUCCUGCUUUAAGCACAGAGAGAGUAAGGAAGGACUCGGUAUGGCAGCCGCUACAGAGACUAAUGGAGCGACGGCGUAUGGCGUUUCUGCUAAAGUACCUGCAUCUGCGUGUCCAUUGGCCGACGAGCCGGCUGAUAUAGCGUCGAAUAUCAAUUACCAUGCUAAGUAUAGCCCCCAUUUUUCUCCUUUCAAGUUCGAGCCAGAGCAAGCAUACUGCGCAACAGCUGAAAGCGUCCGCGAUCGCCUCAUCCAACAAUGGAACGAGACCUACUUUCACUAUCACAAAACUGAUCCAAAACAAAUAUAUUACCUGUCAAUGGAAUAUCUUCAAGGAAGGGCAUUAACUAAUGCGAUUGGGAAUCUCGACAUCCAAGAUGCAUAUGGUGAUGCCUUGAAAAAGUUGGGACAUGAUCUAGAGGAGAUUGUUGAGCAGGAAAAAGAUGCUGCACUUGGCAAUGGUGGCCUGGGGAGGCUUGCUUCCUGCUUCCUGGAUUCUAUGGCAACAUUGAAUCUCCCUGCAUGGGGAUAUGGUUUGCGAUACAGAUAUGGCUUAUUCAAGCAGCUGAUUACUAAGGACGGACAAGAAGAAAUUGCUGAGGAUUGGCUGGAGAAGUUCAGUCCUUGGGAAAUUGUUAGGCAUGAUGUGGUUUUCCCUGUAAGAUUUUUUGGCCAAGUGGAGGUUAAUCCAAAUGGAUUCCGAAAAUGGGUGGGUGGAGAAGUUAUACAGGCUCUAGCAUAUGAUGUCCCAAUUCCCGGCUACAAGACCAAGAACACUAAUAGUCUUCGCCUCUGGGAAGCAAAAGCCUCUUCUGCGGAUUUCAACCUAUUCCAAUUCAAUGAUGGACAGUAUGAAUCCUCUGGACAGUUGCACUCUCGAGCAGGACAAAUUUGUGCUGUUUUAUAUCCUGGAGAUGCAACAGAGAGUGGAAAGCUUUUGCGGCUGAAGCAACAAUUCUUUCUCUGUAGUGCAUCACUGCAGGAUAUAAUCUUCAGGUUCAAGGAGAGGAAAGGUGGAAGAGGCUCAUGGCAGUGGGCUGACUUCCCAACCAAAGUUGCAGUACAGCUGAAUGACACUCAUCCCACUCUUGCGAUUCCAGAGUUAAUGCGUCUGUUAAUGGAUGAUGAAGGACUUGGGUGGGAUGAGGCAUGGGAUAUUACGACAAGGACAAUUGCCUAUACUAAUCACACAGUCCUUCCUGAAGCUCUUGAGAAGUGGUCACAAGCUGUAAUGUGGAAGCUUCUUCCUCGACAUAUGGAGAUCAUUGAUGAAAUAGAUAAGAGGUUCAUGGAAAUGGUGCGCACCCAACGAAAAGACCUUGAGAACAAGCUCUCCACCCUGCGAAUCUUGGAUAACAACCCCCAAAAGCCAGUUGUCAGGAUGGCAAACUUAUGUGUGGUAUCUGGACACACGGUUAAUGGAGUUGCUCAAUUACACAGUGACAUCUUGAAGUCCGAGUUAUUCGCAGACUAUGUUUCCAUCUGGCCAUCCAAGUUCCAGAAUAAGACUAACGGUAUUACUCCUCGACGGUGGCUUCGAUUUUGCAGUCCAGAACUCAGUGGCAUUAUCACCAAAUGGUUAAAAACUGAUCAGUGGGUGAAGAACUUAGACAUCCUUGUUGGUCUUCGUCAAUUUGCUGAUAAUGCAGAUCUCCAAGAUGAAUGGGCAUCUGCAAAAAUGGCUAAUAAGCAGCGGUUGGCACAGUACAUAUUGCGGGUGACGGGUGUCAGUAUUGACCCAAACAGUCUAUUUGACAUUCAAGUGAAGCGCAUUCAUGAAUACAAGAGACAAUUGCUGAAUAUUCUGGGUGUGAUCUAUAGGUAUAAGAAACUUAAGGAGAUGAGUCCUGAAGAGAGGAAAAAGACAACUUCGCGGACAGUUAUGAUUGGUGGAAAGGCAUUUGCAACAUAUACGAAUGCUAAAAGAAUAGUCAAGCUUGUGACUGAUGUUGGUAAUGUUGUCAACAGUGAUCCUGAGGUCAAUGACUACUUGAAGGUUAUAUUUGUUCCAAACUACAAUGUCUCAGUAGCAGAGAUGCUUAUUCCUGGAAGUGAGCUAUCUCAACACAUCAGCACUGCAGGAAUGGAGGCAAGUGGCACAAGCAAUAUGAAAUUCGCACUGAAUGGCUGCCUCAUUAUAGGAACAUUGGAUGGGGCCAACGUGGAAAUCAGGGAAGAAAUUGGGGAACAGAAUUUCUUCCUCUUUGGCGCAACAGCUGAUGAGGUCCCUAGGCUACGGAAGGAUAGGGAAAAUGGACUGUUCAAACCAGAUCCCCGCUUUGAAGAGGCUAAGCAAUUUAUAAGAAGCGGAGCAUUUGGAAGCUAUGACUACAAUCCACUCCUUGAUUCUCUGGAGGGAAACUCUGGAUAUGGUCGUGGAGAUUAUUUUCUUGUUGGCCAUGACUUCGCCAGUUAUAUGGAAGCCCAAGCAAGAGUAGAUGAGGCCUACAAGGACAGAAGAAGAUGGCUAAAGAUGUCUAUUUUGAGCACUGCUGGAAGUGGCAAAUUUAGCAGUGACCGAACAAUUGCUCAGUACGCCAAAGAUAUCUGGAACGUAGAGGCGUGCUGUCUACCAUGAAAAGCAAUUUGAAACGAGACCUGCUUCUAGCUUCCCUCCCUCCCUCCUCUCUUCCUCUCGCUUUUAUAUUGCGAUACAGGGACAACCAUAUGCAGUAAUUUAUGCUUGUACAACUAGAUUCAUUACGCAAAUGUAUUUCGCCUGACUGAGGAUGAGAAAUAAGCGUGGAUGUAAUAAUAUACAGUGUAACUUUCCUUUAUACAUUGAUGUUUCUCUGUAGUA